GAGUGCUUGUGUAUAUGCAUGCAUUUCUCUCUGCGGCAUCCAAGCUGUCUCAUAUCUUAUUAGAAGCAACCGUUCCCAUGCUUCACAGCAUACUGUGGACAAAGCAUUACCCAUGGGUGACUGAAAAAGGACUACUUUGCCUUGGACAGCUCUCUCUCCUGUCAAAUCCUCCUGCUACAGAAUUUUUCAAAGCCCUGUGUGCAUUCAUCAAAAGAAUGAACAGAUAAGCUCCAAACUGCAUUUUCUACCACAGAAACUAAUCUGGAAAGUGAAGCAUGGAUAAACUUAAUAGUACCAUAUUUGGCUUCGACCACAAUAUUUCCUUACUCCUGUCUGAGCUCGACUAUGAAAAUAAUACAUUUUACUGCAGGAAUCAUCGUCAGCUUUAUAAAGAUUUGGGGCAAACAGUUCGGAUUAUUUUAUAUUCCCUGAUCUUUUUGCUCAGUGUCCUGGGCAACACCCUGGUAAUGAUUGUGUUGAUCCGAAACAAGAGAAUGAGGACUGUCACAAACAUCUUCCUGCUGUCGCUGGCCAUCAGUGAUCUCAUGCUUUGUUUCUUCUGCAUGCCUUUCACCCUCAUUCCCAACCUCCUGCAGGAUUUCAUUUUUGGAAGUACUUUCUGUAAAAUUACCAGCUACUUCAUGGGAGUCUCUGUCAGCGUUUCGACAUUCAGCUUAGUUGCAAUAUCUUUGGAAAGAUACAGUGCUAUUUGCAAACCACUACAAUCUCGGGUUUGGCAGACCAAAUCGCAUGCCUUGAAGGUGAUCGCUUUGACCUGGUGCGCCUCCUUUGCCAUCAUGACACCAUACCCAGUUUACAGCAAUCUGGUGUCAUUCCCAAAACACAACCGCACAGUCAACAUGUGUCGCUUCAAUUGGCAGAAUGAGACAAUGCAGAGAUCUUGGUACAUCUUCCAGCUGCUCAUUCUUUUCCUUAUCCCGGGGAUUGUAAUGAUGAUUGCGUAUGGCUUAAUCUCCUUGGAGCUGUACAGAGGAAUCAAAUUCGAUGUCAGCCAGAGAAAGUCUUCACGAGAGAGGAAGACAAGCACCACCAGUACCAAAUAUGAAGACAGUGAUGGAUGCUAUGUGCAGAAAAACAAGAAGAAGAAGGUGCCGCUUCGACAGCUUUCGGUAAAUAGCUGCAGCACCAAAACAGAGCGCCCUAGGAGCAGCUGCUCCACUGCUAACUUGAUGGCCAAGAAGCUGGUCAUCCGCAUGCUGAUUGUGAUUGUGAUCUUGUUCUUCAUAUGCUGGACUCCCAUUUUCAGUGUCAAUACCUGGCGUGCCUUUGACAAGGAAUCAGCACAGCUGCUUCUUACAGGAGCGCCCAUCUCUUUCAUCCAUUUGCUCUCCUAUACUUCUGCCUGUGUGAACCCCAUUAUCUACUGCUUCAUGAACAAACGCUUCCGCAUGGGUUUUCUGGCAACUUUCACUUGCUGCGCCAAGCAAAACCGUCCAGUGGUUAGAGCGGAGAUGGCAGAGGAUGAGGAUGGGAAGACCACUGGGGCAUCACUUUCCCGGUAUUCGUACACACACAUGAAUGUGUCCACUCCUCCAUGGACCUGAUUGGCAUAAAA